CAGGUUACUGUAUUUAGAGGUACUUUAAAGAAGUGAAAGUAUACGCGGAGAAAACCAGGGGUAUACAUUACUUGUAGCGCUGGAGACGUUCAGCAAAUGACAAGUUUUAUAUUUUCUUCAUUUUAAGCAUUGAAGCCAAAGGAGGCAGGUCCUCCUAUUCCUGCAGGUCAGCGAUCAUUAGGGGAGACACCUAGGCAGACCUUGAGCUCCAGUCUGAUUUCUCUCUUUGUCUGCAGCUGAAUGAAAAGAAAAUUUGAAACAUGUACAAAAAUACCAAGAAUGUUAAUGGAGACCCAAACCUGGAGGAAGAGGCCCUUUUACAAGACAGCAGCUAUUUCUACAGACCGCAGGACAAUAUUAGCCUAUUGGACUGGCACUAUUCGGAGGAUUUUUGGAAGGAGCAGAUGUCUGGAGAAAGCUCAUCCGAAGAUGAAGAAUUUAGGUUACAUGAAGAUAUGCACAAGACCAUUAAACUUUUCUCGAAACUCUUCAAUGAUCGUAUUCAGGAUCUACAAAAGAACAUUGAUGACCUUCACAUCAUUGCAGAUGGCGUGGACAGUUUCCACAAGAAAGCCACCAUUGCCAACAUUACUGGAGGAACCGUGAGUGCCGCUGGGGGGAUUGUAACUAUCGCUGGACUGAUCCUGGCCCCCUUUACUCUGGGCGCCUCCCUUAUGGUCUCAGGUGUGGGUCUGGGAGUGGCUGUGGCAGGGGGGGUGACCAGCGCUUCAGCUACCAUUUCAGACACUGUGAGCAACUCGUUGGAGCGACAAAAAGUGGAAGAGAUUAUAAAGAGUUACCAGAAGGAUAUGAAGGCUUUUGUAGAAUGCCUGGAAACUGUCAACUCCUGCCUAAAGAACGUGGAAGAGUUAAAUGAGUCCAAGUUAAAAGAGUCUCUGGCAAAUGAGGCUUUGCUAAAAACAUCAAACAAAAUUCAGUUAGGGGCAAGAGCUGGGAAAGCAUUAACCAAUGCUGCGGAGAUUGCCAGGGUGGCCACAUUAGCAAAAGCGUCAGGAGGACUGACAAGGGCAAUCAGGGUGGCUGGAGUGGCAACUGGAGUCCUCUCAGGCCUGUUCCUUGGGCUGGAUGUCUACUUCAUUGCAAAAGACUCCAUUGACCUUCAUAAUGGAGCCAAAACUGAAUUUGCAACUAAAAUCCGUGAAGUGGCAGAUGAAUUGCAAUCUGGAUUACAGGAACUCAAUAAAAUCUGCACAGAUUUACAAAGUCUCAUUCAGUAACCUGUAUGUGUGAACUGAUUUUUUCUUUAUGCUAAAGCCCACCACUCCAUAGAGUGUGUUCACUUAAGUAGUCUACUUCCUCUACUGGCUACUGUUUAUAUAGAAACUAUUUCUCAAGGUGUUUCUGAUCCUCGGGUAUUUAGCAUU